AUGACUAUAGACAAGGCAGCAACAGCCCCUCCCCCUCUAUCUACCACUACCGCAACCCCCAUGUCUCGGACUGCAUCGGCCUCUACCACUCGUGCCCCUCUGGGUCAAUCCUCUCAGUAUCUCCCGGCCACUCCCACAAUAGGAAACAUAGACACUCUAUCACAGCAAUCUCGUAGGGGUCCACAAACGAGCGCAGGAAAUGCUACGGCAACCUCGCCGACCACCUUGCGUCGUUCUCCUUCCGCUUCAUCGACAUCAUCAUCAUCCGGGUCUUCUGACAAUUCAUCCUCUGCAGAUCACGAUGGAUUGUUGGGCAAGAGACGGAAUUUCCGAAAAUUUGGCACUGCCAGUAGAAUUGCUCGGCCUCCUCAAGAUGAGGCGGAAGAAGAAGAAAGCCCUGCAUUCCUGCCAUGGACCGAGGGUGCAGGCGAUGGUGCCAACUCUGCACCUGCAGAAGGGGCCCAAACGACAGUAACCGGUCCACCCACGAGUAAACAGCGUAGGCCUCGCGCCCCCGCUGGGGGAUACGAGCCGGAUCGCGGCCAGAACACAUCUGGUGGAACCAUCCGACGGGGUUUGCAGCAAAUUAACAUACAACCGUACAGCAACGUCUCAGAUAGUGGAGCUUCGACCCCAGCGAGCCAAUCCAGCCCUCGUCGCCAGGUAUCUAAUAGACAUCACGGCGCUCAGAGUAGCCCGAGUAUGGGAAGCUCCUUCAGUGACCUUAGUGACGCCAGUGUGACACAAUCUGCUCUGGAAGACCAGUUCUUGUCCGCGGUAGGCGCCGGAGGUAGCAUUGUGAGUAGGAUGUCCAGCAUCAGCCAGGCGUUCCGUGGACGGCAGCAGCAGCAUUGA